GAAUUUAGCUAGUAAAGUUGAGUGCCCGUGGUAUAACUAUCUGGCUUUGAAGCAGCCUUAAAACAUGAGCGUUGAAAAAGAAGGCGAGUAUAAGGAAUAAGGAUACCUUUAAAAUAAAUGGUUUGAGCUACGGUCCUGUUUUGCGACUGGUUCACCCGUAGAUUAAAUGGCUGUACGUCGGCCAUGAUGGCUUUGAGCAGGGACCGUGUAACGCAAACAUGUAUUAACAGUGAAAUAUUUAGUUUAGUGAAUGAGUGAGGGUGAUUAGAUAUAAUGGCUGAUGAACGAUGAGACCCUGAAGAAUUUAUUGCGGUGGGUGUUGAGGCCUAUGGUGGUGCCUCAAACUUCUAGGGCCCCGAAAAGGAACUCGAGGUUCCAAAGCACGCCCCGGACACCCCGCUCCCUCUCCUCAGUAUCAUUCACACACAUUCAUAUUAUAUACAACGACAGUUUAUACAAUAUACUAUUUAUUUCGAGGGAGGGAGAGGGAUUAAAGGGGCCCUUGGUGUUACUUAAAAGUUUGGGCCCAAUUUUAAGACCCUUGUUUUAGUGACGCGAGUGUAAAUAAAUAGACGUCAAUUUUUAUUUUAAAUAUAUAUUUAGUUGAAGCUAGGUUAUUACGUGCAUCUACGAUGAGCAAGCUGUCGUUCAGGGCGAAGCCCCUGGACGCUUCUAAACCAAUGCCUAUUUUUAUGGCUGAAGAUUUGCCUGAUUUGCCGGAUUAUUCAGCAAUUAAUCGUGCAGUACCACAAAUGCCAAGUGGUAUGACUAAAGAGGAAGAAUGUGAACACCAUCUUCAAAGAGCGAUAUGCGCGGGUUUAAUUAUUCCAACUCCCGAAGUUACGGAUUUAACAGAUGUAGAAGCUUACGAUAAAAUUUAUCCUGCCGAUUACAAAUUACCACGACAAUUAAUACACAUGCAACCAUUUGCAAUGGAACAAGAUAUACCAGACUAUGAUAUGGAUUCCGAAGAUGAAAAAUGGGUCGGAAUACAAAGUGAAAAAAUGGACUUGACGCCAUUGCAAUUUGAAGAAAUGAUGGAUAGACUUGAAAAAAAUUCAGCACAAAAAACAGUAUCAUUACAAGAAGCUAAAGCUUUAUUAAAAGAAGACGAUGAUCUUAUUAUCGCUGUUUUUGAUUAUUGGUUAGAUAAACGUCUUAGAAACCCACAACAUCCAUUAUUAUUAACUGUGAAAACGGAUAAUCGUCUUGGAUCUGCGGCCAACAAUCCUUACUUAGCAUUUCGUAGGAUAACUGAAAAAAUGCAAACACGUAAAAAUCGUAAAAAUGAUGAAACUAGUUAUGAAAAAAUGCUUAAAUUACGUAGGGAUCUUAGUAAAGCGGUUACACUACUUGAAUUAGUUAAAAGACGUGAGAAAACAAAACGUGAACAUCUUCAUCUGACCAUUGAAGUUUUUGAAAAAAGGUAUCAAGCAGAAGAUUUCAGUGGUCAAAUAUUAGCAGAAGUAUCAGCAUUAAAAACAACACGUCCAGCAUUUGCUCCAUUAUUUACAAAUCAAUUUGGCGUACAUCAAAAUUGGUCAAAUAAAGUUUGUAAUAAAGAUGAUGGUUUACAAAGAAAAGAAAAACGACAGUAUAAAAAACGAAAACAUAAAUUAGACGGCCGUAGUGGAUUAGACGAUAGUGUAUUACGUAGUGGUAGUGCUUGUGGUGGUGUUGGUGGUAGUAAUCGUAAUUCACGUACUGGUGUCCUCGGUAGUGGGCUGGACCCGCUUGUCAGCUCUGACGAAGAUAAUCCAUUUCCUCAUACGCAGUUAUCAAUUUCUAAAGAACGUGAUGAUGAUGAUACUGCCGAUGAGGGUCCGUUUGCAUUUAGGCGCAAUCGGUAUUGCAAUUAUUUACCUCCUGUACCAGGUGGUUUUGGUAAUUGGCCUUGGUGUAAUAAAGACGAAGGUGGUACAGCUGAUAAAAAAUACAGGUUUGCGUUAACAAGUAUUAGUAAACCUACUCCAAGAUGUAUUGGUCUUGCAAGACGAAGAUAUGGUCGUGGCGGAAGAGUCAUAUUGGAUCGUUAUCCAAGUGAUAUUGAUGAUAUUUGGUCAUCAUUAGACUUCACAAUACACGAAUCAUGUCAAAAUAAUGAUUCAAUAACUACUGCCACACCAACAACAACAAACUCCGUUAAAAAAGAAUGGUUACAUUUCCGGCCAAAAACUCCGUUAGGCACAGAUGCAAACCAAAAUGAAGAGGUAGCAACAGGUUGGAGUACAUCAAGUAAUAGUAGUAGUGAAGAAUCCGAGUCUGAAAUGGAUAAUUUUUACACGAAUAGUUCAAUAGGAACAAAAACUAAAAAACCAGCAUCGUCGUAUCCAUUUCCAACGGAAGCAACGUCAAUAUGCGUUGAUAUAGAGCCCGAUCGACCUAGCAGUGAUGAAAUAUUUACAGCGGAAUUCAAUAUCGCUGAUUAUUUUUCAGUUGAUGAUGAUGGACUGACGAGUUUUGACCUCGGUGUUUUAACAACAUCGUCAUCGACGUCUACAACAACAAUAACAACGUCAGCAGUAUCGUUAUUAUCAUCAACAGCACCUACAAUUUGUGAAGAACUCGGUAGUUCGCGCUUUCAAGUGACUCCAGUAAACAAUAAUGUGUUUAGUUGUCGUAAUCAGUGUAAUAGUGUCGGUAAAAGUGUAAAUAAUUCAUCUGGUUCAACAACAACAACAACAACAAUAACAACAACAACAACAACUUCCACAUCAUCAUUAUCUUCAUCAACACAAUCAUUAUUAUCUUCAUCUUCAUCCUCUUCAUUAUCGUCAUCAUCAUCAUCAUCCUCAUCGUCAUCGUCGUCGACGUCGUCUUCAUCAUCAAUAUCAUUGUCAUCUACCUCUAACGUUCAAUCAUUUUCCUUACCAUUAACAACAGUAACUACUUCCUUGGUAACACAAACCGAAAGUGGAAUAACGAAACACGUUAAUCAUUAUAGACAAUUAAUGAACAAUCAAUUAUCAUCAUUACCCUCGUCAUCGUCGACGUCGGGAACGACGUCAUCGGCAACAUCGUCGUCUAUAUUAUCGAAAUCAUUGACUAGUCCAACGAGAAAUUUACGAGUUACUAGUGUUACAAACUAUGGUAAUGGCCAUCAAAAUGGUCCAACCUCUCAUAUAAUUAAUAGUAAUAGUGUUGUUGUUAGUGGAUCGGCUGCUGUUGUGCAAAAUAAUACUGGAACUUAUGUUAGUAAUAAUCAAUCAACCAUUAUUAUACCCCAAAAACAUUCUUCACCGUCCGGUUUAUUACCUGGGUUUAUAGCUCAAACUAAACUUGCUAAUUUAGCGAGGCAGCAACAACAACAACAACAGUUACAGCAACAACAACAAGGACAAAUACAACAACAAAUACCUACGUCCGGGGAAAUUACGCUUACUAGUAAUAAUAGUGAAGGAUUGAGCAUGGAAGUAGAUGGUGUCGAGGGAUCAUCAUGCGAAAGUAAACAACAGCAGCAACAGCAACUUGUACGAACUAACAAAAAUAAUUCACUCGCGAUGGAAGUGACAUGAUGCCUACUGUUGACAUCCCCAUUAUUACUUGCGUCUUGUAAUUGGGGGAUUUGCUAAUAAAUAAAAUUGCUCGAGACAUUUGUCUUGAAAGUAAAAAUAAAGAAAAAAAAAUUAUAUAAAAAAAUAAAAUUAAAUAAUUAAGAAUGAAACAACCAAGAUAAAAGUAAAAAUGAAUGAAAGAGAAAAAAUCUAAUAUAGUCAACUAUAUCAUUUUCGAGGUUUUUUCUGUAUUAUAUAUAAUUUAUAUAAUUUCAAGCCAAUAAUAUAAUUAUUAAUUCAUCAUUAACUUUAUGACGAAAUAAUAAAUUGAUAGACGAAAAACAUGUCAAUUGUUUAUAUUAUUUAUUGUACAUUGUAAAAAAAAAAGAAAAAAAAAUGAAAAAAAACAAUGCUUAAACAUAUUUUCUUCCUUUUUUCUAAGUCAAAUUAACUUGUUUAUUGUAUUGUUAUUAUUAUAGUUAUAAUGAUUCAAAUUUGUACAGAAAAUAAAAAAUAGUUGUAAUGAACUUUUUUUUUCAAAUUGAAAAGAAAUCUACUUAAUUAACAAAAAAAAAAAAAUAGAAUGACGCUAAGAUAUUAAUUGUCAAAUUCAAAUAAUAAAUUUUGUUAUAUGUUUAAACAAUUAAAAAAAAUGUAUAAAUAAUACAAUUUAAUAUUGAUAGGGUUUAACAAUUAAAUUGUAAUUAGCCUAAUUUCAUUUUAAGAAAUAAAUUUCGAUUAAUUAAAAAAAAAAAAUUGUAAUUUUCUUUUUUAUUAGCCGUUCAACAGAGAAACCUCGAAGAAAAAUUAAAUAAAUGGACAAAAAGUGUAAAUGGGAGUAUGAGAAAGAAUGAAGAGUUUAGUUAUAGAUGACGAUUUAUUAAAUAAAAAAUAUAAAAUAAUACAAAUACAAAUAAAAAUAAUAAAAAUCGUUGUAAAUAUUAAAAAAAAAAUACAUUACGCUUAUUGUAUCUCUUAACUUUAGGCAAUUUAAUUAAUUAUUAAUUAAUAAAUAAAUGUAAUUAAAUGUUGUGGUAGGUACACAGCGAUGUGUAAAGAAUAAAAAACAAAAAUAUGGACUAAUUCCAAGUAAAAAAAAUAUAUACAUUUAAAAAAAACUACAAUUUUUAGGAGAAGUAAUAAAGAAAUUUUAUCCUUCAUAAACUAAUUAUUUUUUUCUUUCUUUAUUUUGUUUUUUGUUAAACUCAUUUAUUUUUUAUACUGUUGUGUAUUGAAUAUUUUUCAAUUCCUUUGAAUGCCUUAAUUUUUUUCAUUUCUAAAUUGUUUUUUUUUUACAUUUUUAUUCUAGCAGCUCAAAAUCAAUUGUCUACUAUUAUUUUAUAAUAAUUAUUUUUUAAUCCUAAUGUUACUGAUAAUGCGCAAUAAAAACAAAUGAAUUAUUUUCACUUUUUUUUUUUUUUAUAAUACACAUGGCAGUGUUACAAUUCUACUCACAACAUCUCUAUUCAAGGGAAGUAGCUACAACUCUACUCACUCACAACUUUACUCAGCCUCAACUCUACUCACAGUUCUUUUUACUCAGGUUUAACUCUACUCUGUUAUAUUUUUACUCAGCUGCAACUCUACUCACUCACAACUUUACUCACGUAUUUUAGCCUAUCGAUAAAAUAGCAACUCUUUCUGAGUAGAAUUGUAGCUGAGUAAAAAUAUAACUGAGUAGAGUUAAACCUAAGUAAAAAGAACUGUGAGUAGAGUUGAGGCCGAGUAAAAAUAUAACUGAGUAGAGUUAAACCUGAGUAAAAAGAACUGUGAGUAGAGUUGAGGCUGAGUAAAAAUAUAACUGAGUAGAGUUAAACCUGAGUAAAAAGAACUGUGAGUAGAGUUGAGGCUGAGUAAAAAUAUAACUGAGCAGAGUUAAACCUGAGUAAAAAGAACUGUGAGUAGAGUUGAGGCUGAGUAAAGUUGUGAGUGAGUAGAGUUAUAGCUACUUCCCUUGAGUAGAGAUGUUGUGAGUAGAAUUAUAACACUGCCAAACACAUUUUAUCUAUUCAAUUGGACUGUAAUAAAAGAAGAUAGUAAAUAUGAGAAGAAACUAAAAAAAUAAAUUAGAAAAACAAGUUUUCGUAAAAUAUUAGUAAUAAAAAUAAUCAACUUUAGAUUAUUACGAUUACAAUAAUAAUAAUAUUAAUAAUAAUAAUAAUAAUAAUAAUAAUAUUAAUAAUAGUACUAAUAAUAAAUGAUAAAGAAUGUGAAAAAAAUAAAUAAAUAAACAAGACUGAUUGUGAGUUUAAACCAUCUAAUAUUUAUUUAUUAUUGAGCAGUAACAAAAAAAACUAAUAUUACUAACAAAAAAAUAUUCAAGCAAUUUAAAAUUUUGCGCUCUAAUUCCAUCGACAGUAGCGCCAAUAAAAUACUCAAUGUUUUUUUUUAAAUUGAAAUUUAGGGUAUUCCUCUUUUUUAUGGACUUUUUGCCUUGAUUAAUUUUGUUCAUGUAAGCUUUACUAAUUAUUAUUAUGAGUAACAAAUAAAAUGAUUAUUAUUAUACUAAAAACAAAAGAAUAAUAAUAAUAAUAUAUGAAAUUAGUAAAUUUAGAUAAUAAAACUAAAUAAAGGUAUUGUAAAUAGUGAGCCAACUACGGGUCGAAUUUUGACAUUAAAUUAAUUAUUAUAAAUAAACUUAUUAAUUGGAUUAUUUAAUAUACAUAUAAAAUUAUAAUGCGCAAAAAAACAUAUUAAACAAAAAAAAAAUUAAAAAAAAAA